AAUAAUUACUACACUGUUAUACUUAAUCCACAACAAGCUGAAGAGUCUGAAUGCUCUGCGAGAAACAAGAUUCGUCUUACGUCUGGCAAGGAAGAUAGGGACAAAGGCGCGUCAACAAGCUCAUCAAAUAAUGGGCUUAGCACAAUUAACUGCUGAAAAAUGUGAAACAUUAAGAAGUGAGCUCGAAAACAAGAUAAGUUAUUGUACUGCUGACAAGACAAAGGAUGAUGGAGACAGCUCAGCCAAGAAACUUUCUGACAAUGGUAAAAAUGAAAUAGAAGGAGAAGCAGCAUCACAAGUCAAAUGUAAUACAGAAAAGCCAUUUGUGUCAUCACUGCGCCAGUUCACCAUGCUGGAGAUAAAACAAUCAGCAUAUGAACAAAUCCACAAGGUCCUUGACGAGGGUUCGAACCUACGUCUGAGAGGAUCCCAGACGCUGCCUUAAUCGACUGAGCUACGACAUGGUCAAAAGAAAUGCAA